UGUUUGUUUGGUAACGUGUGGCUAGAAGUCACUUACGUGCCGAAUAUCACUGACUAGUUUAGCAAUGUAUAGUCGAAUCUUGAUAAAUCCAUUUCACAAGGGAUGUGUAAUUUUUUCUAAAUGUCUAACUAGAAAACCACCUGCCAAUUCUAGUUGGGUAAGAACCUUAUCGCAGGGUACACAAAGCUCGAACAGUCACGAUUUCCAUGAAAAAGAUGGCCAUGGGAAUGCGAGACGACUGACAAUCACUGGGCUUGGCGCCAUCACUCUUGCAGGCCUAUACUAUUAUUACAAGAAGAACAUUCCUACAGUAUGGGCCCAUGAAAAAAAAGAAAGUGAGGUAAAUACUGUGGCAAGAGAACCAGGAAGUUUUGUGGAAGGUUUGCCUGUUUACACCUCAGAUGAUGUUGCCAAACAUAGAGAUGAAUCCACUGGCAUAUGGAUCAGUUACAAAAGUGGUGUCUAUGACAUCACUCCGUUCAUCAAAAUUCAUCCUGGAGGAGAUACGAUUUUGCUCGGAGCUGGGGGCUCAGUUGAGCCGUUCUGGUCUCUCUAUGCAAUCCAUCAGCAACCUGGAAUUUUGGCUCUUAUGGAAGAAUACAGAAUUGGUAAUUUGACCAAAGGUGAAGAACACUUGGCUAUGGCGAAUAUGGAUGAUCCGUAUGCAAAUGAUCCUCGAAGACAUCCGGCACUAGUAGUAAGGACAAAAAAACCCUUCAAUGCUGAAACUCCUGGCUUUUUACUCGUGGAAAGCUUCAUCACACCAACAGAUAUUUUCUACGUUCGUCAUCAUUUUCCCGUUCCAGAUGUCGAUCCUUCAAGCGAAAGCUACUCCCUAGAAGUUGUUGGCCUUGAUGAAAAAGAUAGCUUGAAUUUGAAUUUAGACCAGUUGAAAACAGCCUACGCUCCACACACUGUUACCGCCGUGCUGCAAUGCACAGGCAACAGGCGAUCGGAAAUGAAUCGCGUCAAGCCCACGAAAGGUUUGGAAUGGGGCCAAGGAGCAAUAGGCAACGCAGUU